AUAAUACAUUAUAUCAGCGUAGAGGAAAUAGAUAGAUGCGUAUAUGCGAUACAUUCGGUGUUUCCUUUCCGUAUGGACUGUCCAAGUUCAUAUAAAUUAGACAAGUAAGCGACAGCGGUCGAAAAUGUAUUUUUGUAAAUUUUUCGGUGUUGUUGUGAUUUUAGCGGUUGGAAUACAGGCAACAAUUAAAAAAAAAGCAUAUCCUCCUCAUUGUACUCAAGUAACAAAGGAUACGGAUUAUGCAUCACGCUUCAAAAUGGAUUAUCCUGUUUUGUAUAUUAACCCAGGAGUAUCGGCAGCUCACCAAAAGUUGUACUGUAUAAACCCACCAGCAAUUAAUAAAGCAGUGACCGUGGUAUGUGACUGGGCGGCUCCACCGCUGGUGCAGUUCACCCUUGGGGACGAGUACAUGCAGGUGGUACGACAAGAUCCCAACCACAAGUACCUCGGAAACGCUGUGAUAAAAACAUAUCAGCUCUGCAAUCAUACAACUGUCCUUAAUGAGGAUAACAAUAAUGUUACUAUCACUGAAAUGUAUGUGGACAGCAAUGAUAUCAAAUAGGUAAUAAAAUUGUGUAAUGAGG